CCACGCAUCCCUUUUUCCGCGGCCCUCUCUCGCGUAGCAGCUCUUCAGUGAAGUAACUAGUGGAGACAGGGAGGGGGAGGGGGAGAGAGAGAGAGAGAGGCGAUGGCGGAGACCGACGAGGGGAGAAGCAGUACCAACGGCGUCUCAAGGGUCUAUAUUCCCCGGCCGAUCGAGAUCGAGAGCUCCGGCGGCGGAUGCGGUGGCGAGACGCUCUACGCCGUCCUCCGGGCAUUCGUCGCCGGCGUUGUCGCCCCGGACGCCACCGCGUCGCCGCCGCCCCCGCUGAUCCAGCGGAUCAAGGCCUCCUCCGCGAAGGCGGCGCCCCGUCUCCGGGAGGCGUCUCGGAACUCUGCUCACGAUCUCCUCCUCUGGACCCGCCAGGGAAGCCCUCUUCGGGCCCUCCUCGUCAUCUCGGUUGGAACAAUCACACUUGUGGCUUUGACAGGGUUGCUGGUUUUCAUGCUAUUCUUUUUGGCAGCAACACUGAAUGCUAUCAUCAUUGCUUUUCUCAUGUCUCUGGCAGCUGCUGGAGGAUUUUUAGCUCUUUUCUUUGCCUGUUUGACAGCAAUUUAUAUUGGAGCAUUAUCUGUUGCAGUCUUCAUAAUCUCUACAACAACCAUUUCAACAAUCAUCGCUGUCAUGAUUGCCACUGGGUGGGUUGGAUUUUUUUGGGUUGUCUGGCUUUCUGCCAAAAAAAGCAUGAACCUCGCUAAGCAAUCCUUGAGCAUGACGAGUUCAGCAAUUUCAGCAUAUUCUGCUUCUCGGCAUGCACGACGUGAUGUGUCCUCAAAGUCUGCUGAUUGAAGUCAAUCGAAAAGCCAAGCCUUUUUGUAUAUUCUCUGCAUCUCAUUCUCAACGGUAGCUUGUUUGUGUGGAUUGCUUAUAUCAGAUUUUUUAAUAUACUUGGUCUAUUUGAUCUAGAAUUCUGCUCCAUGUUUAGAUCAUCCAUGGAACCAUUUUCAAGCGAGUUCAAAUAUUUUCAGACUAGACUAUUUUGUUUGUACUUCAUGAUGGAUAAAUGUGUAGAUUGUGAAAA